UAAAGGUACUUUCGUUUUAUCGGAAAUCAAGUAGGCAGGAGAGAGUUCGGGGUCUCCGGUUCGUUUGAAGGUUCUGGACGCGCCAGGAUGAGUCAGUGGUGCAAACUGCAACAGCUGGAUUCUAAAUUCUUGGAACAUGUGCAUCAGCUCUAUGAUGAUAACUUUCCCAUGGAGAUCAGGCAAUACUUGGCACCGUGGCUAGAAAGCCAAGAUUGGGACCAUGCUGCUGAAGAUUUUUCAAUGGCUACGCUGCUCUUCCAGAAUCUUCUCUCACAGCUGGAUGAUCAAUAUAGCCGUUUUACCCAGGAGAACAAUUUCUUAUUACAACACAACAUCAGAAAGAGUAAACGAAACCUCCAUAAUACCUUUGUGGAAGAACCCACAUAUAUGGCCUUGAUGAUCUCCAAAUGUCUCCAAGAAGAAAGGAAUAUCCUUAAAGCUGCAGAGGCCACAGAUCAGAUGCAAAUAGACAGCGUACAAAAUUCUGCGAUGCUGAGCAAAGUGAAAGAGUUGGACGCUAAAGUCACAAAUGUGAAGAACCGUGUCAUAGAAAUAGAGCAAAUGAUAAAAAAUCUCGAGGAUGUUCAAGAUGAAUAUGAUUUCAAAUAUAAAACCUUUCAAGUCAGAGAAUGUGAAUCCCACAACAUGACCCAGGAUGACUAUAAAAAGGAAAAAGUACAGCUCCACACCAUGUAUUUGCAGCUUCACAAUAAGAGACAGGAUGUGCUACACUUGAUAUCCUCUUCGUUGCCUGUGAUUGAAAAUACCCAAAAUGCUCUGAUAACAGAAGAGCUGGUUGAAUGGAAGCGUCGACAACAGAUGGCUUGCAUUGGCGGCCCACCCAACGCUUGUCUAGAUCAGCUUCAAAACUGGUUUACCUCAGUGGCUGAGAGUCUUCAGCAGAUUCUUCAACAGCUUAAAAAACUGGAGGAGCUGGAGCAGAAAUUCACCUAUGAAGCCGAUCCCAUUACCCAACAGAAGAAAGGGCUUAUUGAGCGGACAUGGAGUCUCUUCAAGCAACUCAUUCAAAGCUCCUUUGUUGUAGAAAGACAGCCAUGCAUGCCUACGCAUCCUCAGAGGCCGUUGGUUCUGAAGACUGGAGUACAAUUUACAGUAAAGUUGAGAUUGCUGGUGAAGCUCCAAGAGCUGAAUUAUAAAUUGAAAGUGCAAGUUCAGUUUGAUAAAGACGUCAGUGAGAAAGUCACAGUGAAAGGAUUUAGAAAAUUCAACAUCUUGGGAACAAAUACCAAAGUAUUGAACAUGGAAGAGUCAAAUGGGAGCCUAUCAGCAGAAUUUAGACACCUGCAAUUAAAAGAGCAGAAGAAUGUUUCAAGAUCUAAUGAGGGCCCUCUCAUUGUAACCGAAGAACUUCAUUCGCUCUGUUUUGAGACAAAAUGGGAACAGAACGCAGUUGUAAUUGAAUUGGAAACCCAUUCCCUUCCAAUUGUUGUGAUCUCAAAUGUCAGUCAAUUACCAAGUGGAUGGGCUUCCAUUUUAUGGUACAAUAUGCUGAUGAAUGAACCAAAGAAUUUGUCCUUCUUCCUUAAUCCACCAUGUGCAAGAUGGUCACAGCUUUCUGAAGUGCUGAGCUGGCAGUUUUCCUCUGUCACAAAAAGGGGACUCAGUACAGAUCAGCUGGAAAUGAUCGGGGAGAAGUUGCUUCCAAAUGGAUGUACUCCAGAUGGCCUUAUUUCAUGGGCAAGAUUCUGCAAGGAAAACCUGAAUGAUAAAAAUUUUGCCUUUUGGCUGUGGAUUGAAGGGAUCCUUGAACUGAUCAGGAAACACUUGAUCUGCCUCUGGAACGAUGGGCACAUCAUGGGCUUUGUUAGCAAGGAGCAAGAGCGCAUGCUGCUUAAGGAUAUGGAGACUGGGACGUUUCUUUUGAGGUUCAGUGAAAGUAGUCGAGACGGAGCAAUCACUUUCACCUGGGUGGAAGGACCAGCAAACGAUCAAUCCUUCCACUCUGUGGAACCUUAUACAAAAAAGGAACUCUCUGCAGUCAGCCUACCAGAUAUCAUUCGCAAUUACAAAGUGAUGGCUGCGGAGAAUUUUCCCGAGAACCCACUGAAGUACCUGUAUCCAGGCACUCUCAAAGACAAUGCAUUCGGAAAAUAUUACUCCAGACCCAAAGAGUCUUCGGAGCCCAUGGAUGUCAUUAGUGGAGCCAAAGGAUACAUCAAAACUGAACUAAUCUCUGUAUCUGAAGUUCACCCUUCCAGACUGCCUGGCCCCGAGGCUCUUCUGCCUAUGUCCCCAGAAGAAUUUGAUCAAGUAGUGCAAGAGGUAUCUUCUGCGGAAAUUAUGAUGUGUACAGAAUGUACACCAUGAACCCUGGCCAGGCCAGCUGGCAUAAAAUCCGAGUGUGUCCUCUUUACCUAGAACCCAUAGGAAUCUCAUCACUUAAGUCUCUUAAGGGGCUCUAUAGCUUGUUCUGUUGUAUACUCUGGUAUGGCAAAAGUGGCUUGAACCUUCAGAAAUGCUUACUUGCUACUAAAAAUAUUUAUCUAGUAAUCCUGUACAUAGCUGUUUUCAUGGUGUUGUGUUCAACAAUAUUUUCAGCUUUUAUAUAUAAUUUUGCUUAGGUUCAAUUGGACCCAUGUGUGAAAAGGUACGGGUCUCCAACUCCUCUGGAGAGCCUCUGAGUCCGAACAAUCUAGGAUUAUCUUUUUAUCUUGGGGUAGAUGCUUGGUAGUUAUUGCUGCCACACAGAGGUCGAUU